AAUGGCGGGAGUAGGAGAUCACAACCGGUCAUUGAAAGAGGCUCUUGUUGAGAGUCUCAACUCUAUACUAUCCCCAUUACAAAAUGUCAGAGCUUCAGGUGAAGAACAAAUCAAAGCCCUCGAGGUUACAGAAGAGUUUGGUGUCCAUCUCGCUCAGCUGACAGUUGAUCCCCAGGGUCCCUUAGCCAUUAGGCAGCUGGCAUCGGUGUUACUGAAGCAGUAUGUGGAAGCCCAUUGGUCCCAGCACUCUGAGAAGUUCCGUACACCAGAAACACCAGAAAAUGCUAAGCACCAGAUUCGUCAGAUGCUACCACUUGGGUUGAAGGAGUCAAUCAGCAAGGUUCGCACCAGCGUAGCCUACGCUAUAUCUGCAAUCGCUCAUUGGGAUUGGCCGGAGGCAUGGCCCCAGCUCUUCCAGAUCCUGAUGGAAGCACUGACCAGUGGUGACCUCAACACUGUCCAUGGAGCCAUGAGGGUGUUGACAGAAUUCACCCAAGAUGUAACUGACACACAGAUGGGACAGGUAGCACCAGUCAUCCUUCCAGAGAUGUACAAAAUCUUCUUACAAGCUGAGGCAUUUGGAAUACGAACACGGGCCCGAGCUGUAAACAUUUUUAAUGUGUGUGCAGCUAUGAUCGCUACUAUGUCAGAGGUACACAAGGGCUGUGCCAAGCAGAUGCUGUUUCCUAUUGUACCACAAUUUACAGAGGCCUUGAUCCAGGCGCUACAGGUACCUGAUGGUCCUACUUCAGACAGUGGACUCAAGAUGGAGAUUCUUAAGGUGAUUACAACACUGGUGAAGAGCUUUCCUAAAGUGAUGUCUCAGUGGCUGGCACAGAUCCUCCCUCCAAUCUGGUCUAUAUUUACACAGAGUGCAGAUUUCUAUGUGAGGACUGUAGUAAACAAUAUUGACGAUGCCAAUGACCCAGUGGAUUCUGAUGGAGAAGUGCUAGGAUUUGAGAAUUUAGUGUACAGUGUGUUUGAGUUUGUCCAUGUGCUGAUUGAAGUUCCUCAAUUUAGAAAAACUACUGUGAAGAAAUCCGUUGAUGACAUCAUCUACUAUGUGAUUUUCUAUAUGCAAAUGACUGAAGAUCAGGUACAAAUGUGGACAAAUAACCCAGACCAGUUUGUGGAAGAUGAAGAUGAUGAUUCGUUUUCUUAUUCCGUGAGAAUAUCUGCACAAGAUUUGUUGCUGUCAUUAUCAAGUGAAUUCCGAACGAUAAGUGCCCCGGCCCUAUGUAAUGCUAUUACAAGGCAUUUACAGAAUGCUGAAGUGAUUAAAAACUCAGGAAAUGAAAACUGGUGGAAGCUGCACGAGUCUUGUAUGUUGGCUAUGGGCAGUGUGAUGAGUCUAGUGGUGGAUAUGGUACAGUCGGGCAAGGUCCAGUUUGACAUCACGGGUUUCCUGCAAUCUGUUGUGCUGACAGAUAUGAACUACUCAGCUGCAUCAUUUUUGGUUGGGAGAUGUCUAUGGACAGCCAGUAGGUACACAGAAGUCAUGACUCCAGAGUUGUUACAAAGAUUCCUGCAGUCAACUAUUGGUGGCCUCCAUGCGACCCAGCCUGCCACAGUACGGAUAUCUGCAAUCCGUGCCAUCUUCAGCUACUGCACUCACUUCAAGAACAAGAACGAUACACAGCUUUUGCUACCAUUUCUACCUAAUAUAGUUGAGGGCCUUACAGCCAUAGCAACCCAAUAUUCCUCCGAUGUGCUCUCCCUAUGCCUCGAGACGCUUUCAGUUGUAUUAUCGGUAGAUAAAGGAUACACUGCAAGUGUGGAGAGCAAGGUGACACCUCUUACAAUAGCCGUCUUCCUUAAAUAUUCUGGUGAUCCUGUGGUUGUCAGCAUUGUGCAUGACAUUUUCAAAGUGCUUGCGGGAAAUGAGAACUGUAUAGGUCCUUUAGAACAAAGGCUACUUCCAACUCUUGUGAGCAUCCUACAGUCCCCGGACAAAGUACCUGUCAGUUUGCCUGUGGAAUCAUUGGAUGUGUUAGAGACGAUGCUGAGAAGCUGCCCUGGGCCGCUGUCAGAAGCCAUGAUCAAGUCUGCAUUUCCAGCGGCAGUCCACUGCACCCUUCACUCAGAUGACAAUGCCACUAUGCAGAGUGGAGGCGAAUGUUUACGUGCAUUUGCAUCGGUUGCCAUGGACCAGGUCUUGGGUUGGCGUGACGAUCAAGGACACAACGGCCUGUAUUACAUCAUACAGGUGAUAUCUAAACUACUGGACCCCAAGACAUCAGAACACACUGCCUCCUUCAUUGGCCGCUUGGUGUCGGUGGUACUGAUUGGGGUAGGAGCAGGCCUAGGAGAAAACCUUGACUUGAUGUUACGGGCAGUCCUCAGUAAAAUGCAACAGACAGAGACACUCAGUGUCAUGAUGAGCCUGGUGAUGAUAUUUGCCCAACUGAUGAAUACACAAAUGGAAGCUGUGCUAGAGUUUCUGACCAGUGUACCUGGUCCUACUGGAAAGCCUGCACUGGAGUUUGUCCUGGGAGAGUGGUGCUCCAGACAGCAUCUGUUUUAUGGUGCCUAUGAGAGGAAAGUUUGUUCUGUAGCCCUGUGUAAACUAAUGCUGCAUGCGAUCCAGAACAACGAUACUCGACUACAAGAGAUCAUGGUUCAAGGUGACCAAAUAGAUUCACAGGCCAAGGGGGUCAGCACUCGCUCUAAAACAGCCAACACACCAGUUCAAUGGACCACCAUCCCUGUGUUGGUGAAGAUUUAUAAACUUCUUAUCAACGAGCUUUCCAAUCAGAUAGAGGCCAGUUUAUCUAAUCGGGCCUCGGGAGGGGACGAUCUAGAUGAUGAUGAUGAAGGGUGGGAUGAAGAAGAUGAUGAUGCUGAAGAUGAUGAGUUGGUUUACGAAUCUCCGUUGUCUGGUCAUACAUUAUCCAGUCUUAUAGACCAGUUUGCUGGAGACUUUGAAGGCUACGGAGCUGAUGAGGAGGAGGAGGAAGACGACGCAGACCAGAUGAAAGAUCCAACAAAUCAAAUUGAUUUGCAGGCCUACCUAACAGAGUUCCUGCAGUCCCUGUCACAGCAGCCCUGCUAUAGCAUGUUCACCGCACACCAUUCAGAGUCAGAGAAACAGGUGCUCCGUACCAUCAGUGUCAACACAUGACAGAUGCUCCCAGCGAUUUUAUCUGAAAAUCUUUUCAGCUGAUUUUCUUGGAUUUCGACAUUCAAUUCAUGACGAUGAAUCUAGACCUCUCAUUGCAAAUGUUAUCUGCUUGAUGAGCUCAUUUCAUGUGGAGGAAUCUUCAUGCUUAUGAUAUUCAUCUCAGAAACACAGAAUUGACAUCAACGUUCAAGAAGGUUGACUGAGGAUUGUUAUGGACAUUGUGCAAUGGAAUUAAGGAGUGUCUGUUCCUUCCUCUGUGAUUUUAGUGUGGAGUUUUUAGGCUUAACAGCAUUAUCAGUAAUAAAUGGGAAUCAAUGUUUUCCCAGAUACUACAAAUUUGAUAUAUUUGUGUAUGGUUAUGGGAAUAUCAUAGCUCAAUAACUCUGUAUUUCUGUCAGAAUUCAAGACCAAUAACGCCUUUCAUAUGAUAGUAACUGGGCCGUUUUCGUGUAAACGUUCAAACCGGUCAGACCACAGUUGUUCGUUUCGUAAAUAAGGUCGGACCUAGUAAUCUGGUGCUACUUUCAGGCAAACCUUGACAAAACCUUGCAAAGCCUGCAUAAACAUUUGCAGGUCCGCCAGGAUUUAUACCGGAAAUAGUUAAAUUUAUAAACGCUCAAACUGGUUGUUCCGCACAAACGAACAGGCCCCUGGUUUCCAUACAAAUACCACUGAAAUCUCUUCGAUUUCUAGGUUAACAUGUCUUGACUUGUCAUUACAGAUGGGUCAUUGUAUGUUGUUAUGCAUUAAUUAUCAUCAAAUUCAAUUUGCACAGCUUCAGUAUUUUGGCUAAUAGGAUGAUUCAAGACAUUUUAUUCCAUAAUUAUAUUCCCUCUCAGUAUUAAAUGUAGGUUCAAGUGGCAGAAUGCAGUGAUAUUCAAUACUUUUAUAUGGUUGUGAAUUAUGGGAUUUGCCAGUAUUUGAUGUCAGCUAUUUGUGUACAAGACAUUACACCUUGAUGCUAUUUACGCUGCAUCUAAUGUGUGGGAACAAUGUCUGUAAGUGUCUUUUUAUAGCAGCAAAUGAGUAAAUGACUGCAUAUGCUGCAACACUAAUGAUCAGUGUAACUCAUUACAUACUACCUAUACAAUCUUAAACAUGUUCUGAAAAGCAGAAUCUCUGUAGAAAUGGUUGUAAUAUUAGCUCUUGUCGAGAACAUGUCUGAAAAAACAAUUAAGUGAUUUUCUUGUUAUGAUAGAAUUGGAUGAAUUGCAAUUUCAAUACAUGAACAGGUAUUAAUUUGUGAAUAUUGCUUAACAAUGUAAAAGCAAGUUAUUUAUAUCUGGGAAAAGAAAGAUUGCUGUGUAAAUCUCUCUACAGUACCACAGGGAGAAAAAUCUCCCUACUCUGUGUUCUGAUGUCAAUACGUGAAUGAGGAUAGCUCAAGUUUUCUUUCUUCAUCAGUCUAUUUAUCCGUCUGCGUCCGUUAACAUUUUACAUUUUCAACUUAAGCUGAAAUAAUGUCAAAUUGAUUCCAUUGAUACUUCAUGGGAAUGUUACCGAUAACUCCCUGACCAAGUGUUGUCAAUUUUCGGGUCGAUUUUAGGGCCAGCCAUUUUUAAAAACUAUUUCAAACUUAAAAGUUAAGUUCAACUGGGCCGAUUUAACUGAAUCUUGUUAGGAAUGAUC